AUGGCGGCAGAGGCAGCUGCCGGUCCCGGUCGCGGCGCGGCCGGUGAGGCAUGUGAGGCGCGCGCAGGCAGCGGCGGAGCGGCGGCAUGCCGGGCGGCCGCCGGGGGCUCGUCGCCCCGCAGAACACCUUCCUCGAGAACAUCAUCCGGCGCUCCAGCUCGCAGCGUCACAGACAGCAGCUUUCUGCUGGCGAACGCGCAGAUCGUGGAUUAUCCCAUCGUAUAUUGCAACGAGACCUUCUGUAAGAUGAGCGGCUACAACCGCGCCGAAGUUAUGCAGAAGUCGUGCCGAUGCGCGUGGAUGUACGGCGAACUGACGGAGAAGGAGGCGGUGGAGCGCGUGGACCGCGCGCUGGACCACCACCUCGCGGACCAGUUCGAGAUCCUGCUCUACAAAAAGAACCGCACGCCGCUAUGGCUGCUGGUGCAGGUGGCGCCGAUCCGCAACGAGCGCGAGCUGGUGGUGCUGUUCCUGCUCACCUUCCGCGACAUCACCGCCCUCAAGCAGCCCAUCGACGCCGACGACCCCAAAGGAGGUCUGUCGAAGUUCGCGAAGCUGGCGCGCAGCGUGACGCGGUCGCGGUCGGUGCUGGUGUCGGCGCUGCCGGCGCUGAAGGAGCCGCAGCGGCAGAGCCACCUCGCGCAUGUGAUGUCGCUGUCGGGCGACGUGCUGCCGCAGUACCGGCAGGAGGCGCCCAAGACGCCGCCGCACAUCCUGCUGCACUACUGCGCCUUCAAGGCGAUCUGGGACUGGAUCAUCCUGUGCCUCACCUUCUACACCGCCAUCAUGGUGCCCUACAACGUCGCCUUCAAGAACAAGACCAGCGAGGACGUCUCGCUGCUCGUCAUCGACUCCAUAGUGGACGUCGUAUUCUUCAUAGACAUCGUGCUCAACUUCCACACGACGUUCGUCGGCCCGGGAGGGGAGGUCGUCAGCGAUCCCAAGGUCAUCCGGAAGAACUACUUCAAGUCCUGGUUCCUCAUCGACUUGCUCUCGUGCCUGCCUUACGACGUGUUCAACGCGUUCGACCACGACGAGGACGGCAUAGGCAGCCUGUUCAGCGCCCUGAAAGUGGUCCGGCUGCUUCGGCUGGGCCGCGUGGUCCGCAAGCUGGACCGGUACCUGGAGUACGGCGCGGCGAUGCUGAUCCUGCUGCUGUGCUUCUACAUGCUGGUGGCGCACUGGCUGGCCUGCGUGUGGUACAGCAUCGGCCGCUCGGACGCGGACUCGGGGCUGCAGUACUCGUGGCUGUGGAAGCUCGCCAACGUCACGCAGACGCCCUACUCGUACGUGUGGUCCAACGAGUCCGACGGGCCCGAGCUCGUGAACGGGCCCUCGCGCAAGACCAUGUACGUGACCGCGCUCUACUUCACCAUGACCUGUAUGACCUCCGUGGGCUUCGGCAACGUCGCCGCCGAGACCGAUAACGAGAAGAUCUUCACCAUCUGCAUGAUGAUAGUGGCAGCACUACUGUACGCGACGAUUUUCGGGCACGUGACGACAAUAAUCCAGCAGAUGACGUCGGCGACGGCGAAGUACCACGACAUGCUGAAUAACGUCCGGGAAUUCAUGAAGCUCCACGAAGUGCCCAAGGCGCUGAGCGAGCGCGUCAUGGACUACGUCGUCUCCACGUGGGCCAUGACCAAGGGGCUCGACACGGACAAGGUACGCGCGAGACACUCGCACGCGUUCGGUACCGGCACCGGCAAUGUUGACACGAGUAAUAUCGUGUACGGUCGCACGCAGGUCCUCAACUACUGCCCGAAAGACAUGAAGGCGGACAUCUGCGUGCACCUGAACCGCAAGGUGUUCAACGAGCACCCGGCGUUCCGGCUGGCGUCGGACGGCUGCCUGCGCGCGCUGGCGAUGCACUUCCACAUGUCGCACUCCGCGCCCGGGGACCUGCUGUACCACACCGGCGAGUCCAUCGACUCCCUGUGCUUCAUCGUCACCGGCAGCCUCGAGGUCAUCCAAGACGACGAGGUCGUCGCCAUUCUCGGUGCGCUUCGUAGACCCAUAUCUUUAAAAUAUUACAAUUAUCACGUGCCGUUGUCGUCUGUUUAUCGAGUGAGUGAUGUUUCUUGUAAAAGAUACGUACGUGCAGCUGAUCUUCUGCAAUCGAUCGGUCCCGUGGCACGGGGUCCUGCCAUCGAACAAAUCAGUAUAGUGAACGGCGAUGAAGUAGGUACAUUUAGUUCCGGACGAGUGAUAGAUUCGCGUGCCGCAGGCAAGGGCGACGUGUUCGGCGACUCGUUCUGGAAGGACAGCGCCGUCGGCCAGUCGGCGGCCAACGUGCGCGCGCUCACGUACUGCGACCUGCACACGAUCAAGCGCGACCGCCUGCUGGAGGUGCUCGACUUCUACCAGGCCUUCGCCAACAGCUUCGCGCGCAACCUCACGCUCACCUACAAUCUUAGACACCGACUGAUUUUUCGCAAGGUGGCGGACGUGCGUCGCGAGCGGGAACUGAUGGAACGACGCAAGCGGGAGCCGCAGCUCGAGCAGGCCCAGGACCACCUCGUGAGAAAGAUAUUCUCUCGCUUCCGACGCGAGCGCAGCGUCGCCGCCGCCCCGGGGCCCGCGCCCGCCCGCACCUCGCCCGCCCCCUCCGCCGCCCCCGCGCCCGCCUCCGCCCCCGCCCCUGCGCCCGCGGACCCCGAGCGAGGGGACGCGCCCGCGCCCGUCCCUGCGCCGGCGCCCGCGGCCAGCGCGGCGCGGGGCAAGUGGGGCCGCCUGCUGGCGGGGGGCGGGUCGCUGGACGCCGCGGGGGCGGGGGCGGCGACGGGGGGCGCCGCUCCCGCCGGGGCCGAAGGGGCGCGGAUCGCUUUCGCCCGAAGUCUAAGUGCGCGAGACAAACCACCGCCGUCUACCGCCGACGCUCCCUCUGCGACGACGCAUACCCUGAAGGCUCAGUUCGUGAAAGCCCGGUCUGCGACCGCUCUGGGCGUGGGGGCGAGCGCUCGCCAGGACACUAUCGAGGAGGAGCUGGACGAGCGUCGCCCUCCCGCCCCCGCCCCCGCCUCCGCCUCCGCGCACGACGCGGCGCUCAAUGAGUUACGGAGAGACGUCCGAAACGAGGUGCAACGGCUCCAGCAGAAGCUGGGUCGGGUGGAGGACUUGCUGACGAUGUUGGCGGCCCGCCUGGGGGCGGACACGGACGCCCCCGCCCCCGCCGCCGCCGCCCCCGCCGAGGACGACCGACCGCGCGGGGCGGCCGAAGCUGCCGCGCUAAGGAAACGACGCUCCAAGGUGACACGCUCCCGAUUACCAUAUUGUUAUCAUACGUAG